GUUGGGAGGAUUGGGAUGUAGUGUGAAAGUUGAGGAGAGAGUCACUUGCAUCACUGCUCUGCAUGUUGUAAUACCUCUUAAACGACUUUCAACUUGACUAUCAACUUGACUCUUGCAUGAAAUCAAUUCACCGGCUAUCUCCCGCACAAAAAACAAAUUGUAUAGUAUUCCCACAGGAAUUUCAGGAAGUGGAAGGAAACGCAUGCGCAAGAGGCACUAGGCAUGCAGAUUGCAAGGAUUUAGUUGUUACAAGAUAGCUAGUUGUUGACAUUUCAUUCGGAUUUCGUGCUAUAUUUGCUACUCCUUUGCCAAGUUUCUAUUACUUGUGUGUCAGUGUGUCUAUUUGCUAUGGACUUUGAUGGUGAUGAUGAACAAUCGGCUUUCGACUCCAGUAGUCAUGCCUCACUACUUGACUCCCCCUCCUUUGUCUCAUUCUCGUCUGCUAGUCAAGCUGGUAGUCAACAGUAUGAAGAUACUAAGGUGCAAGCAAAAGUGUCCUUUUUCAAUGAUUGGGAGAAAGGGGUAUCGGGCACCAUUACAUCAAAGGGGGUGAAACACAUCCUGAACGAUUUUGCUAUGAAGCUGUUGUACAUCGCUGAGGCUGGUACCAACACUGGCUAUUUCGUCCUUGUAAAAAGGGAACAAGAUGCUGAAGAAAACCUAAGCAGGGAAUGUUUUUUCACAGCCAGUUCUCUAAAUGCAAAGAACAAGUUUAUUGAUCAAAUAAACUACUCCUUCGGACCUGGAGCGAUGUCCUGCGGUUUUGAGUCAAAUAACCAUGUGGCAUUCUUUGUGCAGUUUCUGAAACGCAAUGUUCAAGGUGGUCUACAAACCAAGAAAGCAGUAAUGGUGUCUGGUCAACAACAAUCCGGAAUUUUUGCGAUGAAUUCAAAAUGCUUUCUAGAUUCAAAUGGAGAGGAAGUAGCGGAAGUAUCCAAUCCUCAUGUCUGGUUGAAGAGAGAGUCAAUAAUGGAGAGUGACAAGAUUAUGAUGGAUGAUGUGACAGCUGUUGUCCGGAAACCACUGAGCCUUUCCAGUGCUGUCGAUUUCUUCCUUAAUUUGAAGAAGUGUCUCAAUCAUAAUCUUAUUCCUGGGUUGUUGGUUGUAUCAGGUGCUGUGAUGUCCUUCCACUACCGUACAGUCAUAGACAAGUACGGUGGUUGUGCUGUUACGGUUGCGACAGGAGAAUCAGGGACUGGCAAAUCGACUGCUAUAAAGGCAGCACUUGCACUCUUUGGUUGUGCUCAUAAUGGAAUUUGUUCCAAGGGGACGAAUGCUGGAAUGCUAGAGCGAUCUUCCAGAUCCACCUUGCCGUAUGGCAUAGACGAUCCUACCAAAAGUAGGGGGUCACGGUCGAACCAGUUGGAUUUAGGGGAGCUGUGUAUCGACCUCUACAAUGGGCAGAAAACUAUAAAUCUGAGAAGCGGUGCACGCAAGCCAUUCAGCAUUCCCAUUGUCGCUACAAACUUUGGAGCAGACGAGAUGGACAGAGUGCUAUCCAGAGUACUCCUGAUCCCAUUUGAGCUCCCCUCUUGUGGGCCAGUAACGGCAGAGGAAUGCACUGUGUACGGGGAUUUCCAGAGAGCUUGUGAAAGUGGGAAGUACUCAUCCCUUGUCGGAUGGAUCAUCAGACAGGGUAAGACAAUGCUGGAAAGUGGUGAAGAGAGAAUUCAGGAGAUCAGGGAAGACCUCCAGGGAAGUGAGUCCCACUCUAUGGUCUCCCGUAAUGUUUUGAGCUGGGCAAUCUCCUUCUACUUUCUGGAGAAGUUUAUCAACAUGGUGUACGAAAGUGAUACAAAUGAGCUGCAGAAAGAAGAGGAUGGUGAUGAAGAAUGCAACAAGGCCGAGUGUGUUAGUACUAUUGUUGCUGAGGCGAUGCACUUCAUUGUACACAAAGCAUCAAAAAGAGUUCAAUCAACAACAGCCAAAUCACAAACUUCGUGCUCAGCCUCAAGUUUCUUCGAAACAGUGCAGAGCAUCUGCUUGGUCACAGCUACACUGCAAAAACACGAGGUUUUGGCAUUCAUGAGGAGUUCUACUCUAGAAAGGCGUCCAGUUGUGGUCAUGUGGAUGAGCAGAGUAAAUGAGCUGGUUCACAUUGAUGAGGAUUUUAGUCUCACUAUCAGGAGAUUAAAAUUAGGCAGGGGUGGUAUCAAGAGGCCUCUCCUCAAGCUUGGUUGUACAGACACGGCCUUUCAACCAAACAAAAACACUGUAAGGAGGAGCUGCUUGGCUAUUUUUGUUGAUGAUAAAAGAUGGCCACCAAAACUUGUCAAACAACUAAAGAUUGCUGUGACUACAACUCCCAGCACUCCUGCUGUGGCUGCGACUGUGCACGUGAAUACCACUCCUGUUGUAUCCUCUGUCACCACUCCUGCCGUAUCCUCUGUCACCACUCCUGCUGUAGCUGCAACUGUGCACGUGAUUACCACUCCUGCCGUAUCCUCCAUCACCACUCCUGCUGUAGCUGCAACUGUGCACGUGAUUACCACUCCUGCCGUAUUCUCCGUCACCACUCCUGCCGUAUCCUCCGUCACCACUCCUGCUGUAGCUGCAACUGUGCACGCGAAUACCACUCCUGUCGUAUCCUCCGUCACCACUCCUGCCGUAUCCUCCGUCACCACUCCUGCUGUAGCUGCAACUGUGCACGUGAAUACCACUCCUGUCGUAUCCUCUGUCACCACUUCUGCUGUGGCCACUCCUUUGCCUAGCGAUGUGAUCAUAUCUCCAAGUUCCACUUCUGCUGUGGCCACUCCUUUGCCUAGCGAUGUGAUCAUAUCUCCAAGUUCUAGUGCCAAACUGGGCAAACAUUCUCGCGAGUUGGCUUUACACGACAGUCUUUCGGAUUUCUUUCAUCCAAAGUCAACAACAAGAGACAGAGUGAAACGAAAAUUGUGAACUGCUCAUUGUGAACUGAACUGACUAAACUAAACUAUACUCUAUAGUGCAUUAAUUGCUUACUACUGGAUUCAUAUUUGUCCAUUCUUGAUUCUAUAGUUACAUUGUGGACACAUGCAUUCAUAAUCAUAGUCUAGACGUAGUUGGUUGGACUCCGCCCAUGCAACUUGUCUAGGCGUAGGGCAUGCACUUCACUGACUGAACUAGAUACUAUAAGUACAUAUACAAUUGCUGACACUCUUAUUCACUCGCAGUCACCAGGGAACAUGCACUCACAGACUCUCUCAUGCGGACACCGAGACACUCACAGACACCGAGGGACACUAGCAGACACCAGGGAACACUCAUGCACAGACACCGAGGGACACUAGCAGACUCCAGUGAACUCUCAUAGACACCAAAGGACACUAGGGAACACUCAAAGACACUAGCAAACACCCAUGAUCACUGGCAGACACCAGCGAACACUCACAGACACACAUCGACACUGGCAAACACCAGCGAACACUUGCAGACACUCUCACUCACUUAAAGACACCAGCGACACUCACAGACUCCAGCGAACACUGGCAGACACCCAUUAUCACUGGCAGACACCAGCGAACACUCACAGACACACAUCGACACUGGCAAACACCAGCGAACACUUGCAGACACUCUCACUCACUUAAAGACACCAGCGACACUCACAGACACCAGCGAACACUCGCAGACACCAGCGAACACUCACAGACACCAGAGAACACUGGCAGGCACCCAUGAUCACUGGCAGACACCCGCGAACACUCACAGACACUCAUGAUCACUUGCAGACACCAGGGAACACUCACGGACACCAGUGAGCACUCGCAGACACUAGCGAACACUCGCAGACACCAGCGAACACUCACAGACACCCAUGAUCACUGGCAGACACCAGUGAACACUCACGGACACCAGCGAACACUCACAGACACUAGGGAACACUCGCAGACACCAGCGAACACUCGCAGACACCAGCGAACACUCACAGACACCAGCGAACACUGGCAGGCACCCAUGAUCACUGGCAGACACCCGCGAACACUCACAGACACUCAUGAUCACUUGCAGACACCAGCGAACACUCACAGACACCCAUGAUCACUGGCAGACACCUGCGAACACUCGCAGACACCAGCGAACACUCACAGACACCAGCGAACACUCACAGACACUAGAGAAUACUGGCAGACACCCAUGAUCACUGGCAGACACCAGAGAACACUCACAGACACUCAUGAUCACUUGCAGACACCAGGGAACACUCACGGACACCAGCGAACACUGGCAGACACCAGCGAACACUCACAGACACCCAUAAUCACUGGCAGACACCUGCGAACACUCGCAGACACCAGCGGACACUCACAGACACCAGAGAAUACUGGCAGACACCCAUGAUCACUGGCAGACACCAGAGAACACUCACAGGCACUCCUGAGACACCCAUGAUCACUGGCAGACACCCGCGAACACUCACAGACACUGGCAGACACCAGCGAACACUCACAGACACCCAUAGACACUGACAUACACUGACAGACACUAGUAAACACUGGCAGACACCCAUGAUCACUGGCAGACACCCAUGAUCACUGGCAGACACUCAUGAUCACUGGCAGACACCCAUGAUCACUGGCAGACACCAGCAAACACUCACAGACACUGGCAGACACCAGCGAACACUCAUGGACACCCAUGAACACUGGCAGACACCCGCGAACACUCACAGACACUCAUGAUCACUUGCAGACACCAGGGAACACUCAGGGACACCAGGGAACACUGGCAGACACCAGAGAACACUAGCAGACACCAGCGAACACUCACAGACACCCAUGAUCACUGGCAGACACCCAUGAUCACUGGCAGACACCAGUGAACACUCACGGACACCAGCGAACACUCGCAGACACCAGCGAACACUCGCAGACACCCAUGAUCACUCACAGACACCCAUGAUCACUGGCAGACACCAGCGAACACUCACGGACACCCAUGAUCACUGGCAUACACCCAUGAUCACUGGCAUACACUGACACACACUAGUAAACACUGGCAUACACCCAUGAUCACUGGCUGACACUAGUGAACACUCACAGACACAUACACACCAAU